GGCGCGGCCUAGCCGGGGUUUGCCCCAGCGGGAGGCCCGGGAGCCAUGGCGCAGGCCGGGGUCCUGCUGACCAAGGAGCCGGCUCCGCAGGCCGUGCCCGCCUCCGACCUACCCGUGAAGGUGUACGAGAUGGCGCUGAACACGGGGCCCGACUCCUCCAGCGGCCUGGCCACGGCUGGUUUCCGUACUGCCAAGUACCUGCCCGCCGAGUGGUACCAGAGCAACAACGAUCUGUACCACAAGGCCUCGACCGGUUGCGAGCAGGGCGAGCGCGGCCGGGCCGAGGCCAAGGAGCUGGCCGAACGGGCCGCUGCCACCGCCCAGCGUGCCCAACAGGACUCCACAGCCAGCCUGGGCCAGCGCCUGCGGGACAUACACUUCUGGAAGGCCGAGCUCCAGAAGGAGAUUGAGGAGCUGGAUGCCGAGACCGGCCUGCUGGCAGCCCAGAAGCUGCGGCUGGAAAGGGCGCGCGAUGCCACCGAGGUGCCCUAUGCCAUUGCUACCGAUAACCUGCAGUGUCGGGAGAGGAGGCAACCCCCGGACCUGGUCAGUGAUGAGGUAGAGAGAGAGUUGCUGAAGGAAGCUGAACUUAUCAGAAAUAUCCAGGAGCUUUUGAAAAGAACUUUGAUGCAAGCUGGCAACCAGAUGCGAUUAAAUCGAGAUCACAAAGAGGUUUGUGAAAUGGACUGGUCAGACAAAAUUGAAACAUACAACAUUGAUGAUAAAUGUGGAAGAUACAGUAAGCAGAGCACCAACAUCCAAUUCCAUCCUAGUUCAGUGAAGUUUGAAGAGAGUGCCUCAACACCAGAGACAUGGGCCAAGUUCAGUCAUGACAACAUCUAUAGGGCAGAACGAGAAAAACUGGCUUCCAUCAAUCUUCGUGCCUUGAUCGACAAUAUUCUUCAUGACGUAUCUGAGGACCUGAGGAUGCAAUGUGCUGCUGUUAAUGAGGCUUUUGCCAAACGCUGUGAGGAGCUGGAUGAUGCAAAACACAAACUAGAGCAUCAUUUGAAAAAAAUCCUUAAGGAGAUUGGAGAUCAGGAAGCUAACAUUGCUGCUCUCAAACAAGCUAUCAAAGACAAAGAAGCUCCAAUGAAAGUUGCUCAAACAAGGCUGUAUGACAGGUCUUUCAGGCCCAACGUAGAUCUCUGCAGAGAUGAAGCACAAUUCAGGUUGACUGGUGAAGUUGAAGAACUAACGGAGUCCAUUGAAUCCCUGAAGAAAAAACUGCUGGAAUCUGAACAGUCUCUGAGGAAUCUGGAAGACACACGGAUGAAUUUAGAAAAAGAAAUAGCAGUGAAAACAAACAGUAUUUUUAUUGAUAGGCAAAAGUGCAUGGCCCACCGCACACAUUACCCUGUUUUUCUUAAAUUAGCAGGUUACCAGUAGUAAUCUCUGUGCUAACUAUGCAAAGUGUGGAAGAAAAAUGUAGUCUAGAAUCUUUCAUAUAAAAUACAUGGAUAAAAUUAUACACAGAAGUACUGUAUUCACUGUAUUUUCUUCUAUUUGGGUUAAAAUACAUUAGUAUAGUAUCAUGGUAGGCUUUGAGUCUUGCCUUUAAAAAAAAGUACUGUAAAACCUUGCCUAUAAAAGUAUAGUGAGUUUAAAACACAGCUUAAAGGUAAUUCAUGUAUCUAUAUAUCAUAUAUGAUAUAUAUCCAUCUAUCUAUAUAUCGUAUAUGCAUAAUUUGCACAGUACGUGAUAUUUGGGGUUUCACCCUAAUAAGUGAAUAUGUUGAAUGAAAAUGUAUUGUGAAUAAUAAUAAUAUACACAGAUGUAGAUAUGACAUUUAUAGCUUGCUAGCAGUUUCAGGCAGCCUGAAAGGAGAGCAAUAAAACUGCUUGCCUGACAGAAGAUCACAUGAUCAGCAAGGAAACAGACGAUAGACUUUUAAGCUGCUCAAAUACUAUUAGUAAAAAAAAAAGAUUGCACAGGUUAGAUGACAAUCUGCCUAUUGGCAAAACCACUCCCAGGCUGUGACACCUGCUUAUGUAAUCUGAAAAUGAGUCCAGGGAUUUUUAACCUUCAAGUCAAUAAAUUUAGGAUUUUUUGGAAAAAAAAACCUAAACAGCUUGUGAAUAGCAAUCGUGACUUUCAACUUAAGCACUUGGAUGUUGAAUUGAGCUCUUGAUCUGUUCCAACUAUUCCCUGGAAGCAAGGCAUGUGUUUGAACUAUUAUCCAUAAUGGAGAACACAUCCGAUUCAUCUACUCCAGCAGAGCACUGUAACAAAUGUCAUUCAUCCAUUAGCUUAGUAGGCCACUUGGUUAAAUAUGCGACAUGUCAAAAAAGGGGAAAAGAUGACACAGAACAGAAUUCCAUUAUGGUUUCCUGUAUUACAAUUUUUUACUUUUAAAAAGCAGCUAUCAAAGAGAAAGAAAAAAAAAAACAAGUUCAAAAAGCAAAACACACAAAAAAAACCCUAGCCAGUGUACUUUUGUGAAUAGCCCUGCCCUGUUAACCAGAGAGGAGAGGCCAUUAGCCUAUCUGUUUUUCUCACAGACAGCUAUUUGUAUUAUCUUAACUCAGGAUGUGCAGAGCACUUUUUAGCUAUUGCCCUCCUGCUAAAAGCUACUACCAUUUCUUUAAAAACCAGCUGCGUCACUGAGGGCUUUUGACCCAAGCCUCUAUUUUACAGGCUUUGUGUUCAAGAGUUUUGUUUUGCUUUUUUAAUAGAUUUCCUCUUCAUGAUUAUAUUUUUAUAGUCCAGAUGUUGAAUCCUUAUUAGAGAGAAAUGGCAUGUAGAUUAAAAUAAAAUAAAUGUGGCUCUACUAUGCUUUUCUGCACACAGAACUUAAAACAGUUACCAUAGAUUAUUUUUGUAGACUGAAAACAUUCUCCUUCAUUGUACCAUUCUUAAAACACCUUCGGCACCUUUCUUGUUGGCAGCAUGCUCUAGCCUGUUCUUCAUGCUCAAAUCUUACAGCCUAACCGGUGGAUCACAUGCCUUGUAUGCAGCUACACCACUGUGCAGUUGUGUAUAAAACUGACUUUAGCUGCACCAGAAGAAUAAAACACUUUAAAGGGUGUUCUAGUAUUCAGAGCUGUGGUGUUAAAAGAGUUCUGGUCAUUUAGCCCCAACCUCUAGACAGUGCUGCUUGUUUGGUCGCAUGUACGUCUGAACCAGGCUUUAGACUAAUGGGAAUAUUCACAGAAACCUUUCGGAAAGUACAGAAAGGAGCAACAUGUUCAAAUUAACCUUACUCACCCACCAGAGAAAAAAAAAGUGGAAUCAAAGUGGAAUUUGGGUUAUGAUUAUGGCAGAUGGGAUGAGGAAAACAUGUGGUCCAGGACCCAAAAUUAUUAUUUUGAUUCAAGAGUUUUACAUUUGAGAGGGGAAAAGAAAAGUGCUGUCAUCUUCUCUGAGACUGUGCUGAGUAUAAAUAACCUUAUGCCCCGUGUUGGGUUGUAAAUGGAGCUUUCUCUAAUUAAAGCCUAUCAGUUUAA